CUUCAAAUUGGUCAUUCACUUCACAUUCGUUGCAGAGAACGGAACCAUCUCCUCAAAAAGAACGCAAAGAGACAGAGAGAGGGGAUACAUAGGUAGUAGAGGAAGAAGAGAAGAACAUUGGAGAUGCGGGACAAGAGAGCGCGGCAGAUCUUAUUCUUUUUCCUCCUCGCUUCGAUUUUUGAUGAUAUAACUGCUCAAGAAAUUACCGUCAGUCCUGCUAAUGUAACAACAAUUGCAGAGGAAACUACCACCCCCUACCCGGAGGAAGGUUCGAGUUGCACCAAGAAUGGCCGGUUGCCGAAAUAUUGGCUGGUAUCGGACACCAGAUGCUGUUGGUGCAGACAUGGUCGAGUGAGGUGUUUUGAAAUGCAAUGCCCCGAAGCACCAACCAACACCACAGGGUGCUUCUCGCGAGUCACCUGCGGCUGUACCACAUGGAAAUGUGACUCCAGCGAGGAAGAUAACUCGGGGGAAGAUAGUCGCGAGAGACCCUUCACAGGACCGGGAAGAAGACCAGGCCCUUCGAGGACCGGACCACCCUCUUAUCCCCCUGGAAGAUGGGGGCGACCCUUUGGAGGGAGCGGCAGAGGAAAACCUUUUAGAAGACAGGGUAUGCAGAAACCCGCAACGCAAUGGCAGCCCUACAUUGUGGAUGGUAAUCAAGUCUCCCAGACGAUGGACUGUGCUGAAGAAUUCCGGAUAUCUUUCAUGGCUGGGGCACAGUGUUGGUUGCAACACACAUUGAUCUGAGAGGAUAAAUCGAAUUCUUUAAAAUAAUAAUAAUAAUAAUGUGAGAGAGAGAGAGAGAGAGAGAGAGAGAGAGAGAGAGAGAGAGAGAGAGAGAGAGAGAGAGAGAGAGAGAGAAUUUGCAUAAUUUUUCACUCAAAACAAUAUUAAAAUAUUUUAAAGGAGGAGGUGGACAUUUGAUUGCUCACCUAAUCUAAAGGAAUAUUGUAUUGAUUUGGGAGAGAGAGAGAGAGAGAGAGAGAGAGAGAGAG